CGGACCUGUUCGCGGAAUUUGGAUUCGGGGCCCCAGCUAAUCAGUCCUCAGGGACUACAGCCCUGCAGGGGGCCCGAUCUGUCGGUGCAACAUCUUCUCUAAUCCCUGAAAUAGAAAUAUUCGACAAUGCUCCUGCCACAGAUGUAUCUACGUCACACCCCAUUCAACCUCGGGCGUCAUCGGCCCAUCAAAAUACAUCGGGGAAGUCUAUUGUAUCACAUUCGAUACACUACGGCAACGAUAGUAAUGUUCUAUUUGAUGCCACCUUGGAAGACCCUCCCGACGACAACAGUGAAGACUGGGGGGAAUUCGAAUCCGCGGAUACUCCGGCUUGUCAAACCGCACCAGCAGUUCUUAGUCACACUGAAGGAAAUGCUUCACGUCGUUCCAUGAAGGGUCCAAACGAGCCGAAAAAGCUUGCAGUCUCGCCCAGUCAUCUUGAUUUGCUAGACUCGUUAUCAAUAGAAGAUAAAUCACCACAAAGACAUUCUCAAGCCUCCAGCACACUUGUUAAUAAAAGCUUGAGUCAUAAAAACAGCAAUAUUACAUCUGCAGCUUCUGGCGUAGCUGAAGAUGAAGAUGCUUUUGAUGACUGGGGUGACUUCGUAGACGGCCCGCCUACGGAACCCCCCAAGAGUGUCGGGUGCCAAAGACUUGCUUCUGCAAAGGUACCAAACCAGAAAGCAAAGGCCGCAACCUAUCUAGAGAGGAAGACUUCUCCAACGUUCAGCAUAUCAAGUAAUGCUGUCUCUCCAGCUCAGAUCCGUCCAACGAAUAUACCUCCACCAUCUGUUCUGUUGGAAUUAUUUCCUCGACUUUUUGAUCAACUCCGGAAGGAGGCUACUGAAGCUAGGAAAAACGUCCAAGAAAAGCAAAAUAUUGAGACUGUCGCCCUGCUGAUUCUUUGCACUCUGAAAGCAGCAGCUCGAGUUGUUGCGGGCCGCACAUUGCGAUGGAAAAGGGAUAGCAUCCUGAGUCAGAGCAUGAGGAUCGGCCCAGCACGCGCAGGGAAGCCAGGAGGGAUGAAACUCAAUACGGUCAAUAAAAACGAGGACAUCAAGGAACAACAAGAAGCUGUUGACGUGAUUUCCAUGUGGCGUGACCGGACCGCCCUUUUCAAUUCUGUGAUCCAGGCAUCUGGCAGGCGUCCAAUUCAUGCUAUCCCUACCAACAUCCGAGCGAUGACUGCCACUCCUGAACAAGGAGCUUUAAAAGCUUCCCAUGCUUGUGCCCUUUGCGGACUGAAAAGAGAGGAACGGCUACCCAAGAUUGAUGACCAGGUAGAGGAUAGCUUCGGGGAGUGGUGGACCGACCAUUGGGGCCAUACUGAGUGUAGACAAUUCUGGGAGACCAACGUUGCUUUACUUGGUCAACGAUGAACCUCUUCUGCAGCAAACUGAUCCUUGGCCAUAUCUACGAGUUUUAAGCUAUCGGAUUAUAGAGCUACAAGGGCUUCACCCGCUCUACGCCCCACUCCAGUACGGUGAAUUACUUACAACCUGUGGCGAUAGAAUGUUGCCAGAAGAUCCGAGAACUGCCAGGUACACCUGCUUACGACUAGCACUAAUAUUGACUCAGCCAAUGGCCGUAGCCCAGAGAAUCAGUAAUGUUCAUGCAGGAUCAAGCGCCUGCAGCUUCGAUCCGUGAUGAUGCCAGUGAUGACGAUGAUUGUAAUUGCCCCGUACACUAGACCCGUUGCGGUUAAACCAAUACAUGGUAGUAACAUGAGUGAGUACUAAGGUUAAGUCAACCUGC